GCUGGGAUUACAGGCGUGAGCCACCAUGCCUGGCCAAGUGUUUUUUUGUUUUGUUUUGUUUUUAUUUUUUUUAGACUGACUGAAUCUUUUUACAAUGCAUAUUGUAGAAAUCACAUUUCUACACAUAUCUCAUCAGAACAGAUUGUACCCCAUAAGUAUCUACGGUUAUGUGGAUUAAACAUUUAAAGAGUAACUGGGGAGAAGAGAGGAGAGGGAAUGCUGGAUGGUUAAAACCAGCCAAGAUCCCCUGCAGGGGUUGACCCAGAAAGCAAAGGCAGGAGUGGCCAGGUCAAAGGCUGGGAGGGUGGCCCAGUUUGGGAGGGGAGCAGGCCCUCACUGUGAGAUGCCAGGGGACACUCCUUGGUGAGGUGAAAAGGGGCCGUGCCUCACCAAAGGGUUCAGAUUUUAUUCCAAGCAAGGGUGGAGGCGGGAUGAUCUGGUUCAUGUUUCAGAGUGUAAACUGGCCACCACCGCGGGGCUGGAUCACAGGGGCCCCUUCCUGUGCCUCCCCUCCUCUCCUCUCCAGACCUCCCUCCCCUCCCACCUUCCCAUGUGCCCCUUCCCCUCCUCCCCACGUGCUCCCUCCUUCCCACAAACUCCUUAUCACCCCCACAGCCCUCUGUCACCUCCGGCCCUCCAGCCUCCUCACCUGGGUGCAGGGCCACAUGAUGGUGGUAAAAAUAACUCCCUUUGACGAAGUGUGAAGGGGACAGAGGAAGGAGGGAAGCUAGGCCUCAGCGCUAGGAAGGAGCUCUGGGUGGGUUCUGAGCUCUGGGUCACACUUGCUCACUGGGGACACGGCAGUCACGGGCUCUGCCCCCAAAAGCGCACACCCAGCGCCAGCAGCAGUGACCCACACCGGGUGAAGUAGCUCCAAGAGCGGCCCCCAUGGCGGGCACUGCGGCAGAAGGUGGGCAGCCUCGCCGGGUGAGCAUGCAGGAGCACAUGGCCAUCGACGUGAGCCCGGGCCCCAUCCGGCCCAUCCACCUCAUCUCCCACUACUUCCCCCACUUCUACCCUUUUGCGGAGCCCGUCCUGCACCCUUCGGACCCUCGUUCCACAGCGGUGUCUGCCAUUCGCUCUACACUCCAGCCACAGCCCGACCCAGAGCCAGAGGGAGACUCAGACGACAGCACUGCCCUGGGCAUCCUGGAGUUCACACUUCUUUUUGAUGCGGACAACAGUGCCCUGCACUGCACAGCUCAUCGUGCCAAGGUGAGGAUGGGAGUGGGCAUCCCUGGGACACAGGCUGGGCCACGGGCCUGUCUCAUACCCAUUGUCUGUUCCCAGGGCCUCAAGCCAUUGGCCUCAGGCUCCAUGGACACCUAUGUCAAAGCCAAUCUGCUGCCAGGGGCCAGCAAGGCUGGCCAGCUUCGGACACGCACCGUUCAGGCCACGAAAGUACCUGUCUGGAAGGAGACACUCACCUAUCACGGCUUCACCCGCCAGGAUGCUGCACAAAAGACCCUUAGGCUAUGUGUGUGUGAGGACCCAUGGUUGCGGCGACGGCGGCGGUCACCCCCCCUGGGGGACCUGCGGGUACCCCUGAGGAAGCUGGUGCCCAACCAAGCCAGGAGCUUCAACAUCUGUCUGGAGAAGUGGAGGCUGACCAAGAGGCCCAAGAGCCUGGACACAGCCCAUGGCAUGUCCCUCUAUCAGGAGGAGGUGGAGACAGAGGUGGCCAGGGAGGAACGUGGGCGCGUCCUGCUGUCGCUGUGCUACAGCUCUCAGCGGGGCGGCCUGCUGGUGGGUGUGCUGCGCUGUGCCCACCUAGCCCCCAUGGAUGCCAACGGUUACUCGGACCCCUUCGUGCACCUUUUCCUGCAUCCAAAUACAGGGAAGAAAUCUAAAUUCAAGACCAGUGUUUGCAGGAAGACCCUGAACCCAGAGUUCAAUGAGGAAUUCUUCUACUCAGGCCCACGGGAAGAGCUGGCCCAGAAGACGCUGCUGGUGUCUGUGUGGGACUAUGACCUGGGCACAGCUGACGACUUCAUUGGCGGUGUGCAGCUGGGCAGUCAUGCCAGUGGGGAGUGCCUGCGCCACAGCGACCACCGCCUGGAGCUGUGGCACCUGCUGGACAGCAGGCCUGUCCAGCUCAGCGACUAGCCCAUGAGCCCUGCCUACCGCCCUCCACUACGGCUGCCUGAAACAUCCCCACAAAAAUGGUGGAGCCUGGUGCUGCCUCGCCCACCAUGCCCAACCUCCAGUCAGAGGGUGUUUCCUCUCUCCCCGCUUUCACAUUCACCCCACUCUAAUCAUGGAGCCGAAAUAAACAUCUCCUUCAAGCCA